AUGUGUAAGAGUCUUUCUUUCCUUUCUCUUUUUCCUCUCUCCUUUCUUUUGCUUUCCUCUCUCCUUUCUUUUGCUUUCCUUUCUUUUGCUUUCUCCUCCUUUGCUUUCUUUCUCUCUCCCUUUCUUUUUUUUCAUUCCUCUCCUUUUCCUUCUCCUUUCCUCUCUCCUUUCCUCUCUCCUUUCCUCUCUCCUUUCCUCUCUCCUUUCCUCUCUCCUUUCCUCUCUCCUUUCUUUUGCUUUCCUCUCUCCUUUCUUUUGCUUUCCUCUCUCCUUUCUUUUGCUUUCCUCUCUCCUUUCUUUUGCUUUCCUCUCUCCUUUCUUUUGCUUUCCUCUCUCCUUUCCUCUCUCCUUUUCCUCUCUCUUUUCUUUUGCCUCUCUCUCCUUUCUUUCCUUUCCUCCUCUCCUCCUUUCUUUCGCUUUCCUCUCUCCUUUCCUCUCUUUUCCUCUUUCCUCUCUCCUUUCUUUCUUCUCUCCUUUCUUUCCUUUCCUCUCUCUUUCCUCUCCUCUCUUUUCCUCUCUCCUUUCUCUCUUUCCCCCUUUCUUUUUGCUUUCCCCUCUCCUUUCUUUUGCUUUCCCUCUCCUUUCUUUUUGCUUUCCUCUCUCCUUUCUUUUGCUUUCCUCCUCUCUUUUGCUUUCUCCUUUUUGCUUUCCUCUCUCCUUUCUUUGCUUUCCUCUCUCCUUUUUCCUCUCUCCUUUCUUUUGCUUUCUCUUCCUCUCUCCUUUCCUUUCUUUCCUUUCCUCUCCUUUCUUUUGCUUUCCUCUUUUUCCUCUCUUUCUUUCCUCUCUCUCUUUCCUCUCUCCUUUCUCCUUUUCCUCUCUUUCCUUUCUCCUUUCCUUCUCCUUUCCUUUCCUCUCUUUCCUUUCCUCUCUCCUUUCUUUCUCCUUUCUUUCUCUUCUCCUUUCCUCUCCUUUCUUUCCCUCUCUCCUCCUCUCUUUCCUCUCUCUUUCCUCUCUCUCUUCUUUCUUUUCUCUCUCCUUUCUCUCAAGAUGUAG